GUUUUUCCUGUAGUAUCCAACGUAUUCUCGCGAUAUCUGUUUAUCAUCCACUCUAAACGGAUGUAAACGACAAUUUACACAACGUUCACAGUAACCUGAAACGAACGAGGUGAAUGUGCCCACCAGGUGCAAUGCACGCCCCUCUGCGGUGGGUGCUCUGGGAUGUGAAAGACACCCUGCUGAGGGUGCGUUCCUCGGUCGGUGAGCAGUACUGCGACGAGGCUAAACGAAUGGGUCUGAGCCUCACACCUUCCGAGGUGGACGCUGCUUUCCGUCAGGCAUAUCGACAUCAAUCCAGUCGAUUCCCAAACUACGGCAUCGCUCAGGGACUGGACGGACAGUCGUGGUGGACGGCGGUGGUGAAGGCCACCUUCUUUCAGUGCAGAGUGCGUGACCCGGCCCUGCUCAGUACAAUGGCCACCAACCUGUACCAGAGCUUCAGUAAUGCUGAAAACUGGGAGGUAUUUCCAGACUCCAAGUCCUCUCUGGAGAGCUGCUCCUCACUAGGACUGAAACUAGGAGUCGUUUCCAACUUUGACAACCGACUAGAAGCCAUCUUACGCGGUUGCGGGCUGCUUUCGCACUUCAACUUUGUGGUGACGUCAGAGGCGGCUGGUGUCGAGAAGCCCCACGUGGCCAUCUUUGAGCAGGCCCUGCAGAAGUGCGGCGCGCCCCCUUCCAGCAUUGUUCACGUUGGGGACCAUUACGUGAACGACUACCUGGCAUCUCGCUCGGCCGGAAUCCACGGCUUCCUUUUGGACCGAACAAAUAACUUUGAGCGACGUGAUGUGCCGAAAGAGCAUUGGCUCUCAUCGUUGGAUAAUCUGCCAGCACUGCUAAAACAGCAUAUGAAUGAAUCCUUCUGAUUAUUUUGGAAUAUGUUUUACUCCCUCAUAAAAAUGUCAACAGUAUGAAAGUCAGCAUUUGAGAUUAGUCGUUUCACAAAACACACGUUUCUGACCAAAAAGCCGAGAAAAGAAGCAUUCUGUGAAAAGAAACAUCUCAACCAGAACAAUGACUUUGACCCAAACAUAUACAGUAUAUGUCUAUUAUUUUAUGUUUGUUUUGUAAAGCACUUUCUUUCAGCUGCAGCAAUUUGAAUAAAGAUGUAUCUUCUGACACCUCAAACUAUGAAUCAACAAAA